AUGUUGGCUUCUCCUCACACCCGAAGUGAAUCAUCCCUGGAUCCGAAGAAGGCGCGCUAUGUUUUCUCAAAGCGAUCCAGUCAGCAGCAACCGUCCGCUCGAAGCUCAGCAUUGCCAAUCAGGGAAAGAGCGAUUGCGCAACCAGGUGGAAGGUUCAGCCUGAGCGGCCCUGCAGGGCCACAAAUUACACUCGCUCACCGGCCCAAGAAUCUAGCCCAGAAAAGAACGCACGCGGAGCUGGGCCGAGAGACAACUACAUGGGUGCAGGACGUGCAUGAAAAAUCAGGACCUCAAUACGAACAAACACCAACAGAGCGAAUACAGCAGCGAGUUCGCGUCUCGGCGUCGUCGACCGAAUAUCGUCGCGGUCACUACUCCGAACAUCCAGCCUCGGCUCAAGGCUCGUCGUUUCCGGCUCAGCGGACGUUGACACUGCGACCCCGACUGUCUCCGCGGGCUGGAAGUCCAUUCGGUGACCAUACCCAGCAUGCGACGGACGAACCAACACAGCGACUCUCCCUGCCCACUCAACGGGAUGACUUUUUACUCGAUACCGAGCUGGAUGAAUUGGGGUGGCGAUUGAGAAGGGCCUUCUGUCAUUUAACAACAGAUGAUGCAGAGAUCUGGUCAUCCUGGCAUGAGGCACACCCAGACCAAGCAAUUCCCGAACCGCAGGAGUCAGCUCUUAGGAUGAAUCUCGAUGAUCACGCUUCGCUGACUGAACGGGUACAAAAUACUUGGGAUGAGUUAGAGGAUCUUCUCGUGCAGGUUUUGAUGGCAGAGCAUCGGCACGAGGCUCUCUUAGAGCACGUUCGCUCUUUUACUACUGCUUCAAACUUGGAUAUGAUUUCCCCUGUAUUCUUGGCAAUACGUCGCGAUAUCGAUCGCUUUCACGAGGAAGGGCGUUGCAAAGUCCCGGGGCAUCCCCACGCGCGUCAAGAUGAUUGA